AUGCUAAGCAUAGUGGAAGGCCUUCUCAUUUUUAUAGCGGUUAGUGAAUCAGUACUGGGGGUUUUAGGGAAUGGAUUUAUUGGACUUGUAAACUGUAUGGACUGUGUGAAGAACAAAAAGUUUUCUAUGAUUGGCUUCAUCCUCACCGGCUUAGCUACUUCCAGAAUUUGUCUGAUAUUGAUGGUAAUUGUAGAUGGAUUUAUAAAGAUAUUCUCUCCAGAUAUGUACUCUUCUGGUCACCUAAUUGAUUAUAUUAGUUACUUAUGGAUAAUUAUCAAUCACAUCUGGUUUGCCACCAGCCUCAGCACCUUCUACUUCCUGAAGAUAGCAAAUUUUUCCCACCACAUGUUUCUCUGGUUGAAGGGUAGAAUCAAUUGGGUUCUUCCCCUUCUGAUGGGAUCCUUUUUUAUUUCAUGGCUCUUUACGUGGGAGCCAUGUAAUCAAAUUGUGAAGAUUCUUAGAGAUAGUAAAGUGGGGAAUGGAAACGCAACCUGGCAGCUCAACAUGCCGAAGAGUGAGUUCUUUACUAAGCAGAUUUUGGUCAAUGUAGGAGUCCUUCUCCUCUUCACGCUAUUCCUGAUUACAUGUUUCCUGUUAAUCAUUUCCCUUUGGAGACACAGCAGGCGGAUGCAAUUGAAUGGAUUCCAAGACCCCAGUACAGAAGCGCAUAUGAAAGCCAUGAAAGUUUUGAUAUCUUUUCUCAUCCUCUUUAUCUUGCAUUUUAUAGGCCUGGCCAUAGAAAUAGCAUGCUUCACAAUGCCAGAAAAAAAAUUGCUGUUUAUUUUUGGUAUGAUGACCACAGUCUUGUACCCCUGGGGUCACUCAUUUAUCCUCAUUCUCGGAAACAGCAAGUUAAAGCAAGCCUCUCUGAGAGCAUUGCAGCAGGUCAAGUGCUAUAAGACAGGGCGACUGCUCCCAGCCGCAGAGACUCGUGUGGGGAGAAAUGGAUGUCCUAGAAUGUUCUAG